ACAUUUGAUUGAAAUUUGAUUGAACCCUCAGCUUGUUAUAGUGGAAACCAUACUAACCCUCAGCCUGUUAUAGUGGAAACAACACUUACCCUCGGCCUGAUAAAGAGUGAACCAUACUAACCCUCAAUUUGUUAUAGUGGAAACCACACUAACCCUCAGCCUGUUAUAGUGGAAACAAUACAAACCCCUCAGCCUUUUAUAGUGUGAACCAUACUAACCCUCAGCCUGUUAUAGUGGAAACAACACUAACCCUCAGGCUGAUAUAGAGUGAACCACACUAACCCUCAGCCUGAUAUAUUGGGAAAAUACUAACCCUCAGCCUGUUAUUGUGGAAACAAUACUAACCCUAAGCCUGAUAUAGUGGAAACCAUAUCAGCCUGAGGGAAACAUUACUGACCCUCAGCCUGAUAUAGAGUGAACCAAACGAACCCUCAGCCUUUUAAAGUGGAAACCACACUAACCCUCAGCCUGUUAUAAUGGAAACAGACUAACCCUCAGCCUGAUAUAGUGUUGGAAACAUUUAAACUUCCCUGUCAGAUAGAUGGUGGGUAGACAUUGUCUCUGAUGUUGAAAUGCUGCUGAAGAGACCAAAAUAGGGAAGCCUCUCACUCCACCUUAAUUGUUGACAUGCAAGCGGCUUCCAUAAAAGGAUUGUUAAAGUGUCAACCUCUUGCGUAACCAGACAUUGCCUUUAAACAGUACUUUGAUCAAAACCAUCAGCUUGUCUCAGAGUUUGUGACUAUUGUUUGUUCUCUGUUAUGUUGCUCAGGCCAAGAGAGAGCAGACAUGGCGUCAUCUAUCAGUGACUCCCCUACUCUGAGAUACACUGAUCUAGUGGGGUUCAGUUACCAGUGUGUUCACCGUGACCUGGCUGCCAGAAACGCUCCCGUCUGUGAGGGAAAGCUGGUUAAGAUCUGUGACUUUGGCUUGGCCAGUGACGUCAUGAACAACUCCAACUACAUAGCCAAAGGCAGUGAGGAACGCCCUAUCCUGACAUUCCCGUGAAUCAACAGUUCUACACUGCAUUGAAGAAAGGCUAUAGGAUGCCCAAACCCACUUAUGCUACAGACGAGAUCUAUGAUGUCAUGUGCAAGUGUUGAUGAGAAAUUGGAGAAGAGGCCACAGUUCUCCUCUCCAGCUCAUUCGAUGGGAAACCUGCUGACUAAGAAAGAGCGAAGUCCUCCAGUGAUCAGGCUGAACUCUGUGUUGCUGAGGGAGGCUGAGAGGACUUUGCCUUUAGGAACGUCGUUCACCUUGACCUGUGAGGGGGACAGCACAGCCACCUGGUCUACCACAGCGUUCAAAAGGAGGAACACUAAACAGGGGAGUAUGAUUACCACCAGGCACCUUACAGCAGACUACACUGGCACAUACAAGUGUGUGUAUGACAACCAACCAGACCUGUUCUCAGAGGUCCACAUCUAUGUGAAAGAUCCCAUUAACAUCCUGGUAACCCCCCGCAACAUGAGAGAUGUUAAGGAGGGCGGGGAUCUUCUCCUCUGUCAGCUGACAGACCCCAGUGCCACAGACCUGUCCCUCCGUAUGGCCAACGGAGACCCAACACCCCCCGACAUGAACUACACUGUCAGUCCCAGGAGAGGGAUCCUCAUCAGAAACCUUCUGAUCAGUCACAGUGCAAACUACAUCUGCAGCGCAAAGAUCAAUGGGGUCACAACACGCUCCAAAGACAUCACCAUCAAUGUCGUUCAAAGGUUGCGUUGGCCACCGUCUGUGUUAAUUGAGGUAGAUGGGUAUGUUAGUAUUGUUGGAGAGGAGCUCCUCAUCCCCUGCAUCACCAGUAACCCUAACCACUUCUACAACGUCACCUGGAAACACUCCUCCCUCAAAGCAUUGAACUUCUUACAAAAAGUAAUGCAGGACAAGCAGGUCCACAUCACCAGUACUGUGACUAUCCCAGCUGUGACCAUGUCUGAUACAGGAAACUUCACCUGUACAGCCAUGAAUGAGGCUGGGGCCAACAGGUCCACCACCUACCUGCAGGUCGUAGACGAGCCUUACAUUAGGCUCAUACCCCGCCUGUCACCCAAUCUAUACCAAAAUGGCUCCUUAGUCAAUGUGAAAGAAGGGGAGAACCUUGAGAUAAGCAUUCUGAUCGAGGCCUAUCCCCAAAUCAAGGAGCAUUGGUGGGAUGUGCCCAUGUCUCACAGUCACAACAUCUCCACUCAUGGCGAGACAUGGACCGCCCAAGACAAUUACAGGUACGAGAGCAGCCUGCUGCUACACAGAGUCAGGUCUGAGGAGAGGGGCCAGUACACCCUCCACACCAGGAGCGCGCGCCUCGACAGAUCCAUCACCUUCAAUAUCCAAGUCUACCAGAAACCCAGUGCCAUGCUCAGACUGAAGAAUUCAACCACCCUGAUCUGCACCUCCUCUGGAUACCCAGCUCCCACAAUCCUCUGGUACCAGUGCCCAGGAAUACAAAGCACGUGUGAUGCGGAUAAUGACACUGUGGAGGUGCAGCCUCUCUUCACCAGCACCAUGGAGGUGCAGAGUGAGCUGACCCUCAGUCCCUCAACUGAGGAGGUCACAGUGGAGUGUGUCACCUUUAACUUUGCUGGCAAAAAUCGGGACAUCUUCGUAUCGCAUGUUCUUGCUACCACUUCAUCAACAUUUGUAAUGUCCGAGCUGUUCACUCCCACUCUCAUUGGAGCCACCAGCACAGCAGCCCUUCUGUUCCUUCUGCUUGUCAUCGUUCUGUACAAAUACAAGCAGAAACCCAAAUAUGAAGUCCGGUGGAAGAUCAUUCAGGCCAAUGACGGGAAUAACUACACCUUUAUUGAUCCUACUCAACUUCCUUAUAACAAGAAGUGGGAGUUCCCUCGUGAUAAGCUGAGGCUUGGCCAGAUUCUGGGAGCAGGGGCUUUUGGGAAAGUUGUAGAGGCCACUGCCUAUGGUCUGGGGACCGAUGACAACAUGACCACCCGUGUGGCAGUAAAGAUGCUCAAGCCAAGCGCCCACUCAGAGGAGAGAGAAGCUCUGAUGUCAGAACUGAAGAUCCUCAGUCACCUGGGAUGUCAUGACAACAUUGUUAACCUGUUGGGGGCGUGUACUCAAGGAGGCCCAAUGCUGAUGAUCACAGAGUACUGUAGCCAUGGUGACCUGCUGAACUUCCUGCGUGGCAAGGCCAAGCUGUUCCUGGACUCCACCCUGAGUGGACCAGGGGUUCCAGAGGUUUCAGGGGAUAGUGAUCACUACAAGAACACAUGUAGCCAGGAGUCUCGUGUCAGGAGUGACAGUGGGAUCUCCUGCUCCAGCUCAAACAACUACCAGGACAUGCAUCCAGCGCAGAGGCCCAAAUACUGCCCUAUGGGUUCUUUAUGUGAGGAUCCAGAGACAGACACCUGGUCGCUGGACAUAGAAGACUUGUUGAGGGUCUCCUAUCAGGUGGCUCAGGGAAUGGACUUCCUUGCAUCCAAAAACUGCAUUCACAGGGACGUGGCCGCUAGGAACGUCCUAUUGACCGAUGGCCACGUGGCUAAGAUCUGCGACUUUGGGCUCGCUCGAGACAUCGAGAAUGACUCCAACUAUGUGGUGAAAGGAAAUGCCCGUCUGCCAGUGAAGUGGAUGGCCCCCGAGAGCAUCUUUGACUGUGUGUACACGGUGCAGAGUGAUGUCUGGUCCUAUGGGAUACUGCUGUGGGAGGUCUUCUCUCUGGGUAAGAGCCCAUACCCUAAUAUUGUGGUGGACACCCGGUUUUACAAGAUGAUCAAAGAUGGAUGCCACAUGUCACAGCCGGACUUUGCCCCUCCAGAGAUAUACACCAUCAUGAAGAUGUGUUGGAACAUGGAACCAACAGUGCGUCCAACCUUCAGUACCAUUGGCCAGCUUAUCCAGAGUCUACUGCCUGACCAGCCAGACCAGACCUACAGGAAUGUGCAGGAUAAGACGCCACAGCAGGAGGCAGGAGAGCAGUGUGACCAAGCUAAGAUUAGUGAGGAUUGUGAUCAGACACUGAACCACGAAGAAGAGGAACAGCCCCUGAUGAUGAGGAAUAACAAUUACCAGUUCUGCUGAGAGCACAUCAGGCCAUCCUCCAUUACUAUACGUUCAUAGAUGACUGUCUGCCGGUCAUAGCCAAGAGGUGGAUGGACUAGACACACCAAAUUAUCCAAAUGUCUUCACUCUCAUUGUACAGAACAUGGUUUUAGUGUCAUACAGUACCUUUUUUACAAAGUACAAAGUCAAGUUCCAGUAAGCAACAGUUUUAAAAGGAACUAAGCGUGUAUGCCUUGAACAUUUUAUGUACAGAAAAUGACCAUAAACCCAGACAUUAUUCUACCCAUUUAACUUUUAUAUUUACACAGAUCAAGAUAUUUUACAAACUCUGAUCGGACUGUGACAACUUAAUGCCAGUAGCGAUGCAUGGGUAAAAUCCCUAGGGAACCCAAGUCAGGGGGAAAAAAAGCCAUAUUACAACCUGUGUGUUGUAAUAAUUGCAUUAUUUGCUCUAUAACCUGUUAGUUCAUAUGCCUUGACACCGUGAUAUAUAGGUCUAAGGCCGAGACAAUAAGAAGAUACAGUGGCAGAAUUAUUUCAACCACACCUUUGUUUCAUCCCAAAACCGGAGAGCAACCUCUGUCCUCUGUUUGUGCAACUAGAAAAAAACAUGUUGACUCACCCUACUUGUAGAGAAACGCCAAUGCCAUCCUCCUCUCAUGUUGAUGAAACGGUCUAUGACUCUGUCAGAGUACACGCUUUUAGUUUUAGUUGUCCUAGGCUACAUGGCUAAAAUGUUUGCUCGCUAACCUGACAAUGACACAAAGUGAUGCAACAAUUCAAGUUGUUUCUGUCAAUGACGUUUUGCUUUUGAUGUGAUGUUAUUUGUGUGAAGCAAAUCAGGUUGGCUUCCCUUGACGCUUUUUUUUUUUGGUGCUCUAGGACCAUUCACAGUUGAGCUCACUCAGUUUAGCUCAACGCUGAUUGGUUAUUAUUUAAUUAAAAUGUUUAUCAAGGGAGGCCAAAUGCUUGCUGUAUUCCCUCGCAUUCAAUGCUACGGGCGGCAACAAUGUCAUACUCUUUUUGACCAGACAGCAUCAGAUAGAUUGGCUACACAUACAGAGACAGAGGGGCACUGUUUGGCUCGCUCGGAUGCUUUCACUGGUGGGACACAUUCAGCCUCUUGCGACUUGAAGGAAAAUGAUGAAACACAGAGAGAUGAAAGGAAAUUAUUUUAUGUUUUUUUCUUGGUACGUUUUUUGGUGAAGCCUGCCAUGAAUACUGCUCAGUGAGCCACCACUGAAUGCAUCUCUUUAAAAAUUAUUGGAGAAUGGAGCAACAUGCCUAAGUAACACAAGACAUAGUUACUGCGAAAACGUUUUUAUAUUAUGGUGGGCAGUCAAUAAGUUUUGUGUUUUGCCAGAGUGUAGCCUUGGCUCACAAUUUCUUUUGAACACGUUUUGCUGUUUUGGAGAUUAGUUUUGUUUUGGUUGGGCUCGUUCCAAGGGGAUGAGAGUUAAAGAAAUGUACUGUACCAGUAAAAAGUUUGGACACACCUACUCAUUCAAGGGUUUUUCUUUAUUUUGAGUAGAUGUGUCGAAACUUUUAACUGGUACUGUACGUAUAUUAUUAUGAAUUGUAGCAACAUAUUUUCCCUAUUAAAAGUGCUUGUAACAAUGUAACAAAACAAUUACUGUAUUUUUGGUCUUGCCUUGAGUGUAAGAACAUUUUAACAUAUAUGGAAAUGCACUGUAAGUAUGUUAUCAAAUAAAUAAACAAAUUCAAAGAGCAAUAAGCUCAAAUUCA